UUUUUGCCAAGUUUGGAAUUGUUUCUCGCUUCAAAUUGCCGAUUUUUACCAAAACUAAAUAAUAUGGGGCUGUGUAAAUGCCCCAAAAAGAAAGUGACGCAUCUCUUUUGUUUUGAACAUCGUGUGAAUGUUUGUGAACGUUGCUUGGUUGCAAACCAUCCGAAGUGCAUCGUCCAGUCCUAUUUGAGAUGGUUGCAAGACAGUGAUUAUAAACCUGUGUGUCAACUUUGCAGUGGAAGACUUGACAAUGAAGAACAAAGUGAAUGUGUUCGUUUAUUAUGUUAUGAUGUGUUCCAUUUGGUUUGUUUGAAUGCCUAUGCCAGACAACUACCUGGCAACACUGCCCCGGCAGGAUACCAGUGCCCAUCAUGCAGAACUGGGAUUUUCCCUGCUCCAAAUGUUAUAUCCCCUGUUGCAGAAACAUUGAGGACGGUGCUUUCUACCGUUAAUUGGGCCAGGGCUGGUCUUGGUUUGCCAUUGAUAGAGGAAGCUGCAAUCCCUGAAUCUGUCCCUGAACCUCGCCAACAGUCAUCGCCCCCAGUCCAGUCAUUACAGACCACAAACACAUAUACGUCAAGUCAAGACACGCCACAGAGACCUGUGAUAGCUAACACUGGAUCACAGUUACAAUCUGCAGGAGCGUCCGCACACUCGCACCACGUUCACGAAACACCUAGUAUGUCAGUACAACAGAUGCACCAUCAAAAGGAGGAAUCGAAACCAGUUGAGAGUAAAGUGAACAUGGAUAAUCUGUCGGCGUUUAUGGGGACGCUUGGUGGACAACAACAUACCGGGAGGAAGAGAGGGGCUGACGAUGAUGUAAGUUCGUCGCGCAAGAGAGGGCGUGGUGGCGCUCAUGAUGGAUCCGCCAAUGGUGGCGACUCACAACAGUACAAUUAUGGCAACUGGGAAGGUUAUAAUGCCGGUACUGGUUCGAAUCAAAACUACAACUAUCAGCAAGGCUAUCAACAGUAUCAACAAUACCAGCAGUACCAAUUUAUAUCAAAUACGCUCCUUUUUGGGAUCUCGAAGUUGCGAGAGCAGUCUCGCCGGCGCAGAAAGGUCACAGAGGUGAAGGCCAUUUACGUGGCAGAAGAAUUUUUGCCAAGUUUGGAAUUGUUUCUCGCUUCAAAUUGCCGAUUUUUACCAAAACUGAAUAAUAUGGGGCUGUGUAAAUGCCCCAAAAAGAAAGUGACGAAUCUCUUUUGUUUUGAACAUCGUGUGAAUGUUUGUGAACAUUGCUUGGUUGCAAACCAUCCGAAGUGCAUCGUCCAGUCCUAUUUGAGAUGGUUGCAAGACAGUGAUUAUAAACCUGUGUGUCAACUUUGCAGUGGAAGACUUGACAAUGAAGAACAAAGUGAAUGUGUUCGUUUAUUAUGUUAUGAUGUGUUCCAUUUGGUUUGUUUGAAUGCCUAUGCCAGACAACUACCUGGCAACACUGCCCCGGCAGGAUACCAGUGCCCAUCAUGCAGAACUGGGAUUUUCCCGGCUCCAAAUGUUAUAUCCCCUGUUGCAGAAACAUUGAGGACGGUGCUUUCUACCGUUAAUUGGGCCAGGGCUGGUCUUGGUUUGCCAUUGAUUGAGGAAGCUGCAAUCCCUGAAUCUGUCCCUGAACCUCGCCAACAGUCAUCGCCCCCAGUCCAGUCAUUACAGACCACAAACACAUAUACGUCAAGUCAAGACACGCCACAGAGACCUGUGAUAGCUAACACUGGAUCACAGUUACAAUCUGCAGGAGCGUCCGCACACUCACACCACGUUCACGAAACACCUAGUAUGUCAGUACAACAGAUGCACCAUCAAAAGGAGGAAUCGAAACCAGUUGAGAGUAAAGUGAACAUGGAUAAUCUGUCGGCGUUUAUGGGGACGCUUGGUGGACAACAACCGCCUCCUUAUUCGUCAACACCUCGAAAAGUUUAUGACACAACUGGAGGACAGGAUAUCAAAAGCCAGUCUGUUGACCACGAUGAGGACAAGUACAAGAGACGACCUGCAUUCCAUUGGUUUACAGCUUGGUUCAAGUCCAGGCAAACAAAACAGAAGAGAGAUCCAAAUGCUACAAUGAAACGGUUUCUGAUUGUGAUAGUCAUUGGAUUGAUAGGAUUCCUCACAGUCCUGAUCAUCUUUUCAAGAUACGGCCGGGCAGCUGCUGACCAGGAUCCGUUCCUCGACCCGAUGGCUAACCCAAAUAUUCGAAUCAAUCAGAAAAUAUGAGAGACAACAAUGUGACCAAACGUUAACCUGACCCCUGUCCCUCUUUGUGCAGGGAGGUUGUGCUGUUAACAUCAAGUCAUUCAGGCUCACACCUUUAGCUUUUGACUUGCCAUAUCAUCCAGGUUUCUAUAAGGAUGACUAGCCUGAAAAUGUGCCAAAAACUAGGUCGUGCUUGUAGGAUUAUAUCUCUUAACAAUAUCUCUUGACAGUGUAUGGCUAAGAGGAUGGCACAUGCCUUUUGGAGAGCAACAUAACUUGUGCACACAUGUGCAACAAGGACUUUGAAAAUGCAUUUGCUGUUGUUCCACUUGUUUGGUUACUGGCCUGCAUUUUAGGUGACUGACACCUUUUGUGUGUGGGUCAGAUGAAGAAGCAUGUGUACUUGUGCUGCCAGCUGUGAUUAAACUUCAUCAUGAAUGUCAAUUAGUGAGUGUCAGUGUUUUAGUUUGCCAUUGAAUAAAACUGUGGUUGAGAUUAGAAUGAUAUCGCAAAGGAAUCAUUUGAAACGCAAGUACUCGGUAACUUGCCACUAGGUCAAUAAACCCAAUUGGUGCCUCAACAAAGUAGCACGUGAAAACUUAUCCUGCCAAUGAAGGAGGAUUGUCCCUGGAGAAGAACACCUCUAAUAAAGAAGAAGGAAAGUUGUAUGAUAUACCAUAGACCAAUGCCUUUCACAUUUUGUGAGGUGUUUUUGUUUGCUGAGCAUUCCUUGUUACCUUGGACUUUGUUAGUUGCCUUUUCUCAAAUGUUUUUGCAUGGUUGUUUUGGGUCAUGUGCAAUUGGAUGCUCUAACCAGUUAUAGGUAUUCAAUCUCAUCAUGAGUCUUAGUUGUCUCUGACCUGGAGUCUCUUUUUGCCUCACAACUUGUAAAUAUUGAUGGUACAUUGGCAAGCUAUUUUUUGUAUGGAUAAAUUGAACAAGAUGAUAUAUAGCUAAUAUAUUAUGAUAGUUUUUGAUUGUACAUAGUUUCGAGUUCCAGUACUCUUAGUUUAUUUUAAUUCUGUUCAGUGGGGCAGCAUUCAGAAGAUGUUCUCAACAUGUAAACUGUUUUCAGAAAUAUGGCAAGAACUAGGGGCACUAAAGGCAUGGGCAAGGUGGUGAAAUUGGCUAGCUUCAGGUGAUCAACGUGCGCUAUUAGAGGAUUGCUGCGUUCGAUUCAGCAUUGACUAUAUUCCUUGGACAAAUGUGAAUAGUUUUGAUGUACUGUGUGAUGAGAGACCUCUAGUGAUGACUUUGAUUACCCUAAUGCGGGCUCCCCUACCUGGCUGCUGCCUCUAGAUUCCCUUUAACUUUCAUCACUGGGCCAUUUGGAUCGCUGGUUUGUGUCCUGAGCCCCAGCAAUCUUUAUUUAUUUGUGCAAGUUCCCAUGGAUUCUUUCUGUAGAUGUAUCAGUGUGUAGUUUCAGGAAUGCUUGCACCCUAUACUAUGUGUGAAAUAUUGUUGUUACAAGACUACAAAUAAUGUCAUUGUAUUUUUAAAUUAAAGGAUAUGAUAAUCUCUAUAA